AUGCCGGCGUCCGAGCCAUCCGACGAGGCUCACAAGUGCAACACCUGUUUCAAAACCUACCGACGACACCAAUGGAUCCCAGGUGACCUCCUCUUGCGCCAUCAACGCCGGUGUCUGCGGUCGAUCAAACCCAAGGUACGCCGGAAAGCGUGCAAUGCCUGUGUGGUGGCCAAGACCAAAUGCUGCUGCACGCAACCAACUUGUUCGCGAUGUGCCAAGCGGGGUGUCCACUGCGAAUACGUGUCCACGGUGAACGCGGCAGCCACCAUUCCCUCUGACUCUUCCGACUCUUCCUCAUCCCUCUCGGCCAACGAUCAUCCCAGACCCGACGAAACCCGCGUGAACGCGGCCGACUUUCCGCCGCUAUGGAGCCCUCACAGCACGCUGGAUGGGCCCAGUGCCGAUAGCCUGGAUUCGUGGAACAUUCAGAACUUCAUCUGGAACCUCGAUACCCUCGAUCUCCCGCCGUUGCCCUCAUCAGCAAGCGUAGUCCACGAAGUCACCCCGGUCCUGACGCCAGCAUUCCCGACCAGCCAUCCGAGCUUCACAUUUCCACUGGCCUCAGCUCCAUCGCCACAGUCGUACAGUACCCUGGUCAGGGAGACCUCCAUGGCGCUGCCGGGGCCAGGGAUUCCCGAUGUGUCCACCCUGACCAGUCUGCGCGGCAGUCCUGAUGUGGUCGUGCGGCCGCCCAAUCACAUCAAUCUGCUUGCACAGUAUCCAAAACUCUUGCUUCAGGACGAUUUUUACUGUCCGUUUGUGCACCGCACCCUGUUCAACGAGCAUGUGGCAGACAUGACCAUUCUGCCGCACACAUCCAUGGCCAUCUGCUGCGGAGGUGCCUUGGGCGCCAGAGACGCAGCCAGCUACGUCAAGCGAGCCAUAGACGCGCAACGACAAAGCUUGAUUGAGUCGUAUUGGGACGCUCUGCACGCAAUGCUCCUCUAUGAGAUCCUUGACAUGGGCAUCGCACCCGUCGACGAAUCCAGUUGGAAACUCAAGCGCCUCACCAAAGGGCUAAAGUCGCCCUUCCUGUCCAAAAUGACCCAGUGUUUCUCGCGGUCCUACCUUGAGUCGCAUGAUACCGCCCUCCUGCCCCCGGCCAACGCCGGACCUAACGGCACAGACUCCUGGGUUAAAUGGGCUGUUAGCGAAACUGCCCGCCGCACCAUCUUCCUCGCUAAUAUCAUCAACUUCUUCAGCAACCAUGAUCUCAACUCCGGGCGCCAAUCGCCCUACUAUGAGCCCCUCAACGACGAGCUCAUCAUGAAGAUGCCCCUGCCCUGUGAUCAAGCACUGUGGAGCGCCCGCACUGAAGACGAGUGGCGCAAGGCCACGCCCGCAUCCCCUGGCUCUCCAGGCACCACCGACGCCUUUUCAACCUUUGGCGCUACUGGUGUCCCGAACCACCAGCAGCAACCCUCGCUCAAGGUGCUUUUCUCCAAGUUCACCAAGGACGAUCUCCGGGCGAAAUGCAUGAUGAAUGCGGGGCUUGCCGACUCCAAUGAGCUUCGGUCGUUUAUCAUUCUCUGUGCAUUGGAGCAAUUUGCGUGA